UUGUGCCAAGAUGCGGUUGGUUUUUUGCUGUUUGUACCUUCUUCUGUGCCAGCAGACAGUAUUUUCGAUGCGGAAAGUGCGCCAUGCAGUGGCUCACGAUGGAUUCCACAAUAUUGAAAAGGAAAGACGCUGGAGAAAUUGGCCAGCACGUGUGAGGUCUCAUCAUAAACGACAUAACCCAGUCUAAUGGAUACCAAUGUCGGAAUCGCACGCGAUCAUUAUUUUCCCCGUUGUUAAAAUCAUUCGCAGUGCAAUAAAUGUCUCAGAACUCGACGAACAAUGGGAAACGGAAACCUUGUCCGUCUAUAUCUAUAGAUCACUGAUUAAUUGAUCAUUUUAAAAGUUCCGAAUGCAUAAUUGAUAAAACUAUUAACAUUUACUGACUCGCUGAGAAUAUUUCUCUUGACUACAAGACAGUUUCUGAUCUAAUUGUUGCUAAUCCAGUGUCUUAAAAGAAAUUACUUUUGCCAAUAAAUAUCUCUGAACUUUCCAGUUAAUUAGUUACCGAUGACAGUCAUGGGAUCAAGGUUUAACAUUUUGGGGAUCCUCGUUUGCUUAUUGAUUCUCCUUGUCAACGUGGAUGGCAAAGGCAAUAAGAAUCACUCGCACAACGACAGACAGCGUCAUCUUCGUCCCCACAAUAUCCAUAGACCUCCCUAUGAGGGUUACGAGUGGUACAAACAUUAUAACCGAGAUUCCGAUUCGGAGACAAGCGCUCCAAAAGAAAAGAUAUAGAAACAAUAUAAAUCCAGGCCCGAGGUUGUGAAUAGAAUGAGGGUAAGACGAGCAAUGUACCAAAAGGAGCCCAAUCGACUCAGAACCUGAAACCAGUUAUUUUAAAUUUUAGGCAUUUGUACAAUCCCGAGUUUGAAAAGCAUUCAGAAGCCCGUCGCGCUUUAAUUCUUUUAAAAAAGGACGCAAGCCUCCAAGCACAGACGUCCCGAACAUCAUCACCGCUAAACUAAAAUAAUUGAAUUUGUAUCUUAUAAGUGUAGAAAGCAUUGCUCUAAAACAGAUCCUUGAGGUUGGUUUCCCGGAAGAAACUAAUGACUGACCCAAGAUCAUUCAGUUUAGGCAGCAGCCAUAACUUUAAUUUCGACUAUCUUGCUUCAACUUAAUACACAUAGACGUCGGCUAACUUAAUCACACA